AUGGACCCGCUGCCCCCCAAGACCCGGGUGCCGGAAGACUGGAUCCACCCUGCGUUGAAGAGGCAGUUGAAGGACCGCGGUCGUCUGGGCGGCACACCCGCGGAGCGCAUGGAGGUGUUAGAGAGACAACACACCAACAUGGAGGGGGCGGUGGCUCUCAGGCAGCGGUCGCUAGAGGAAAAGAGGAGGCAGCUGGCUGAGAUGGAUCGGCGCCGCCAGCGCAUGGCGGAGGAGAUCAAUGAGGAAGAAAAGCAAGCGAUGAACCUGAGCUAUGUCCACGACCGCCUCGGGGAGCAGCUGAUUGUGCAGAAAACCAUAGGGAACCAGGAGUUUUGUGGAUUCUCGGGUGCAGCGGAUCUUCAGGCAUCCUCCUGCGCUCUUAGUGUCAGCGGCAUCGACACAUGGGGACAAAUGCUGUCAUGCUUUACGGCGGACGAGGAAACGCGACGCCGCUUUUUCGCCAGUUACGCCCCGCUCUUUACGACGACGGGGGAUACGGCGAUGACGGUUAGGGAAGUAACAGAGCCCGUGUUUUUUGAUGAGGCGUGUCUGAUGGAGACGGAGGGGCGGCGCUGCGUCAACCCCGCGUGCCCUUACUGGCACCGCAAUCAGCUGGAACACGUGAAACUUGGCUGUAUGGAGCUCUUCACGCGUGCUGCGAUGUGCGUCAAGGGGCACAGCACCAUCUGCGACGCAGCAUCCAUGCUGGCAAGCUUUUAUGCCUCGAUCGAGGCCGCGAAUGACCUGGUGGAGGCUGUACAGCUGCACCGGGAUCUUCUUAACCGCAUUGCAAAGCUCGGAUGGGCCGCGAUGCUCUUGGGAGAAGAGCAGUCCCCCACGUGGGAUGCACCGCUUCUGCCGCCGCCAAACUUCUCACUGCAGCAUGUGGCGUCUCUACUACGCAAUUCAAAGGAGCACAUGCUAUGGGGACAGAUUCUUCAGUCAAAGUCGAACUCUGUUCUCGCAGCAACAGCGCUAUUUAAGCAGCAUGCUGAUGCGCUUGCGUGGCGCUGUCUCAUGCGCGUUGCGGGGACGACGACAGAGCGCUUGCUUUGGCUGGCAACGCGCGGGCUUGCCCUCUUUCCCACCUCCCCAUUUAUCCGACUCAGUUACCUCUCCGUCCUGUUAAAGUCCGGCUGUGCUGUCUCGGAUUGCGUGGAAGUUUGCCUGUCUUCGGCGCAGCUGCUUUCCGACCAGGCGGCAGUCGCGACGUAUUCUCAUCAAGACACGCAAUGGUGCGAGGUGACGGCGCGGUACGUUGCGUAUAUGAUUGCCAUGACAUGCGUCCAUGUGGCACCUGCCGACCCCGAGGCGGCGACAGGUCUUCUUGAGGCAGUGGUGGAAUUGCCGGGUCGCAUUUGCCUCUUGCCGCUUGCACUGCAGAAUUUAACCUUGUUUCUGGUUGUUCUUCGACAGACGAAGCGAUUGGAGGGGGUGGGGGUCCUUCCACUGGCGUCCAUCUCUGAUGUUGCGUUCUCACUUGGCGAGGGUUUCCCCCAUCGUCCACAGGAGGAGUGCGGACGGCUGCUGUCGCGGCAGUUGAAUCUACUCACCUUGUGCGCCUCUGCGGGCAUCGAUACGGCGUUGACAGAAUGUAUGCGGUCUCGUGUGCACCUUUCACUCAUGCAUGCGUUUUCCGCCGACGCCCAGCUAUUGGACCAGAUUCUUGUCAAGUGCCCUGUGCGCUCAGUCGUUGGGCUGGCCGAUCUCUGGGUUGAGUACCUCCGCUUUGUGGGGCAGCGUGAUGGAGCACCGGCGCUUAUCUCGUUGGUGCAUUCCCUAUUAACGACCUGUCCCACUCCGCUGCUGACGAUGCGGCUUGUGCGAUUACUGCAGUCUCACGAUGAGAAUGUGGAGACAAUUAUAGACACCUACCUUGAGAAAUUUGCGACGCACCGUGGAAUUUCGUUAGAAAGUGUCCCGCAAAUGGCCGUAACGCAUUCGCCAGGUAUUCCUGUUGAGGAGUGGAUCCCGUUUAUUAUAUUGUAUUCCCUCCGCCUGCGGCUGCCGGAGCGGCUGGAGCUGCUGCGCAGCGUGCCUCUUGAGUUGUACUGCAAGGUGGUGGAGUUGGUCGUCCUCCUGUGGCUGGAGACGCUCCAGGUCGCACUGCUGUUGCGCGACGAUAAGGUGUUCCGCCAGUGCACGAGGCAAGGCCUGCUGCUGCUCCGGGAGCCCUUUCUUCACCACUUCAGCGCCCUCGACUGGGACUUUGACGGCAUGGUCUCAUAUGCCCAUCUGGCGAUGCUUAUGGUGUACAGGGCCGUCCCGGUGUUUCUUGGCGCAUCGCACUCUCUCACCGCGCACUACCGCGGGAUUGUGCUGGAGGUCGGCGCGGAGCUGCACGUGGUGCACCCCUUUCUGCUCUCCGCGGAGUAG